UUUCGAAAUUGCAGGAAGAAAAAAAAAAGUAAGCGGGAGCUAAAAUUGGUUGUUAUUCGUGACUGUACCCAUCUUGGUUUUAUACAGCCGCACUGACAAUGUUGAUCAAAAUCGAAGUACUUUUUUUUUUUCUGUGUAAUAUUACAUGCUUCUUUAUCUGUUGCGCUCGAGGUUUUACAUGCAAUUCUAUAAGCCACUGUUAGGAAUAGGAACAUCGCAUUAUUAAAAUUUAUUUUAGGGCCAAAAAAAAAAAAUUAUUCUUUUUUUUCUUUUUCUUUCCCUCUUUUACAUUACAUACAUACAGACUCACACAGAAAAAAUAUGACAUUCAAUACAUUAUCAAGUGUCUUUUCUAAGCAACUGGAGAAUAUAUCAGACAGUGUAAAGCACAUUUGUCAAGGACGAGGAAAGAACUACUGCCUUGUUCAUAGAAGAUACUUUGAGACGAGUUGGUGUCCUGAUUGUGGCCGUAUGUCUUGAAUAACAUCUACCCUAAAUACCAAACAGUAAUAAUGUUAUUGAGGACAUAUGACGAUUCUAAACAACAAAGUUUUUUUAUUUGCCUACAACACACUCACUCCUAUAAAAAAAAAAAAAAAAAAAAAAAAAA